UAGAGAGCUUCACAUCAGACAGCAAUUAAUCUUUUGUUGCUUUGUGACAAAUGGAGGAUCCUUAGUCCUCUUUUCCCCAGUUUUUCCUCUCUCUCUUCCUUCCCUAUCCGAGUCUCCGUCUCCGUCUCUCUCUCUCUCCGGUCUCUUCUCCGGGAAACAAGUCUUGGUAAUCGAUCAACGAUUCCGGUCAAUCUUUUAAGGUUGUUAAGCGCGGGGGAAUUCUGAGCUUUUUUAAUUGCUAAAUUCUGAUGACUCCGCCACUGCUCGGUGGUGUAGAGGAGGUUGCCAGCAGUGCUUCGCUGCUGGCUUCUUCAACCUCCAUAGAAAGCGUAUGUCAAAAUGGGUCUGCUGAGCUCAAAGAGCGCAACUACAUGGGAUUGUCUGAUUCUUCCUCAUCUGGGGAUAGCUCCGCAAUCUCUGCCGUCACUGGUGAGAGCAAGACUAGUCUGAAUCUUAAGGCGACAGAGCUUCGGCUUGGAUUACCAGGAUCUCAGUCGCCGGAAAGGAACUCAGAUCUUUCCUUAUUUGCCUCUACUCAGCUUGAUGAGAAGCCCCUCUUCCCCAUGCAUCCAGUGAACGAUCAUCAUGGAUCUUCCACGCCCAAGACUUUACUUUUGGGGAAUAAAAGAGGGUUCUCUGAUGCCAUGGAUGGCUUCUCAGAGGAUAAAUUUUCUUCUGAAUCGAAGGUGAAUGAGAUGUUAACUCCGAGGCCAUCUCAGAACUUGGGGCUGAAACCGGGUUCCAUCCUCGAGAACCUGACUUCUCAAACAGCAAAGACGAAUGAAGCAGUAGGGCAGAAGCCUGCACAGGAAAGGCCCCAUGUGUCGAACAACAACAGGGGCUCUGCAAACAAUAGCAGUGCACCUGCUACUAAGGCACAAGUUGUGGGUUGGCCACCCAUCAGGUCGUUUAGGAAGAACUCACUUGCUACCUUGUCCAAGAAUACUGAAGAAGUAGAUGGAAAGGUGGGUGCUAGUGCUCUGUAUGUCAAAGUCAGCAUGGAUGGUGCUCCAUAUCUGAGAAAAGUUGACUUGAGGAACUACUCUGCAUAUAAGGAACUCUCUUCGGCUCUUGAGAAGAUGUUCAGCUGUUUUACCAUAGGUCAAUGCGGAUCCCAUGGAACUUCAGGAAGGGAGAUGCUGACUGAAAGCAAGUUGAAGGAUCUUCUCCAUGGUUCAGAAUAUGUUCUCACCUACGAGGAUAAAGAUGGAGACUGGAUGCUUGUCGGUGAUGUUCCAUGGGAGAUGUUUAUUGACACCUGCAAGAGGAUGAGGAUCAUGAAGGGUUCUGACGCCAUUGGUUUAGGUGCGUUGUGUCAUUAAAUUUAUUUUUUUAAUUCAAUAUAUUGCAAUCUGAACUGUCGAAGGAUAGCAGUGACUAAAGCUAUUCUCUUGAGAAUUUUGAGUCCUUUAGACACCAGUAGUCCAGUACCACAUGUUUUACUGAUGCAUGAGAGGCAUAGGAUAGCAGUGAAAGAUGCCAUCCUUUUAAGAAUGAGUAGUCCUCUUAGAUAUCAGUACCAUGGCAUCUACUUGUGUUUUGCUGAAAGAUUGAGUGUGCCAUAGAGAAGACAGAAGUGUAGUAAGAAAAUUGUGUUCUAGAAUCAAAGGUUGGCUUGCGGAAUGAUUGAGUUGGCUGUUAUUUGCCAAUCCAUGCAGAAUGUCUUUGAAAAUCUCAAUAGCCUGCUUGAUCCAUUGCAAGUGUCUCUGGAUUUGCCCAUCCUCUUUUUUCGAUGAGCAUUCCCAUCUAUUUGGUACAUUAUUAUGUCUGCAAUAUUUGGUUAAACGCCAUGGUUCUGCUUUUGGUUUGCUAAGUUAUGUUGGAACUCUAUUAAAAUGCAUGUAGUAUAAUUCUGUUAACGGGUCAUUUGAUUUGGAUCUUGUCCUGGCCAGACAACAGGUAGAGGGUUCUGCCAUCAGGACUGGGGAAAAUGUUGGUCUGUUUAUGCAAAAUUGUCCUCUUUUAUGGCACUUGCAUCUGAGAUGCAUCCUGAUUUCCAAUAGCAUGAUCACUUGAAUCAUUCAUGAGAAGCUCAGUUUAUGCCUAUUCUGUGUAUGCUAAAACUCAGAAUUAGUACACGAGCAUUAUAUUCGAUAAUGAGUUCCCGAUGUUUGACUAGGCACUGAGUAAGGAACACAUGUGAAAUGCUACUAGAGUUAUUCGAGUCAUGUAUCAUGUCUGCAAAUGUUGACACCAGUGGGGUUAUCAUGUCAUGAAUGACGAUUAGUAUUUGUAGCGGAACUUCAAUUCUUCAGUAUAACAGAAGUUGCCGUACUUUGAUUUGUUUGCCAGCCCCACGGGCGGUAGAGAAGUGCAGGAACAAGAACUAGCCAGCAGCAGCUGCCAGGGGAGCAGGAGGAAGAAGAAGGUGUUGGGAUUGGAUGGAUCGCUGCGGGUAAUGGCUUUUUAUGUUGCGUUAGUAGUUGGGCGUUUUUAAUGUGUAUUUUAACUCCGUUUUGUUUGUUAAGUUGGAAUUAAGAGGAAAGAAAGAGAAGUGGGUGUUAUGGUGUUGUCUGUUGUAGUUGUGCUGUGCUGUGCUGUGCUUUUGCUGUCAAGAAGCCUUGCUUGCUGUCUCCUUGUCAAUUGAAAAAGAAAACUCCAAUGCACAACUUAAAAAUUGUAUUUGUGAGAUAGCAAUUUUAUUCUAUGUGUGUUUUUCUAAAAUAAACAAAGGAAAAAAAAAAAAAAA